CUGCUCCACUCGUGAGUGUGAGUGUGUGUCCUCGGCCCAGCGCCCAGCCCAGCGGUGCCUGCGGCCGGGCGAGCGCGCGCGCGCGCCCGUGCGGGGUGUGUGUGUGUGUGUGUCUGUGUGUGUGUGUGAGACAGUGUGUGUCAGGUGACUCGGGUCACGCAGUCUCUCUCUCCCUCCUCGGGGAGGAACUGCCGCGCUCCGGCUGACUCCUCCGCGGGCAGGCGGGCUGGCGCGCGGGGCGGGGGUGGGGGCUCGGGGCGCGCUGGGAACCGCGGGACCCGGACCUGGGCGCCGCCCGCCGCGGGGGACGCGCAGCCCCCGCCUCCGCCUGCUCCCUCGAAGCUCCAGACAAAACCCCAAUUCAGGAAUAGGUUGCGGGCGGCCCGCGAGGAGGCUUGGCCCUCACCCGGGACCCCCGCCGCACCCGGGACGGCUGGCCGGUGGGCGCGAUGAGCCAGGUGCUGGGGAAGCCGCAGCCGCAGGACGAGGACGACGAGGAGGAGGAGGAGGAGGAUGAGCUGGUGGGGCUAGCGGACUACGGGGACGGGCCCGAUUCCUCGGACGCCGACCCGGACAGCGGGACGGAGGAGGGAGUUCUGGACUUCAGCGAUCCCUUCAGCACUGAAGUGAAGCCGAGAAUCCUGCUCAUGGGCCUGAGGAGAAGCGGCAAGUCGUCUAUUCAGAAAGUUGUCUUUCACAAAAUGUCUCCCAAUGAAACCCUGUUCUUGGAGAGUACUAACAAGAUCUGCCGGGAAGAUGUUUCCAACAGCUCCUUUGUCAAUUUUCAGAUUUGGGACUUCCCAGGACAGAUUGACUUUUUUGACCCUACAUUUGACUAUGAGAUGAUCUUCAGGGGAACAGGAGCACUGAUAUUUGUCAUUGACUCCCAGGAUGAUUACAUGGAAGCGCUGGCCAGGCUCCACCUUACGGUGACCAGAGCCUACAAAGUGAACACUGACAUCAACUUCGAGGUGUUUAUUCAUAAAGUGGAUGGUCUGUCAGAUGACCACAAAAUUGAAACCCAAAGAGAUAUUCACCAGAGGGCAAACGAUGACCUUGCAGAUGCUGGAUUAGAGAAAAUUCACCUCAGCUUUUAUCUGACAAGCAUAUAUGAUCAUUCAAUAUUUGAAGCAUUUAGCAAAGUGGUUCAGAAACUGAUUCCACAACUUCCAACCCUGGAGAAUUUACUAAACAUCUUUAUCUCAAAUUCUGGAAUUGAAAAGGCAUUUCUAUUUGAUGUGGUCAGUAAAAUUUAUAUUGCAACUGAUAGUACCCCAGUGGAUAUGCAAACCUAUGAGCUCUGCUGUGAUAUGAUAGAUGUGGUUAUUGAUAUCUCUUGUAUUUAUGGUCUCAAAGAAGAUGGAGCAGGAACCCCCUAUGACAAGGAAUCAACAGCCAUUAUAAAGCUGAAUAAUACAACAGUUCUUUAUUUAAAAGAGGUGACAAAGUUCCUGGCUCUCGUUUGCUUUGUCAGAGAGGAAAGCUUUGAAAGAAAAGGGCUUAUUGACUAUAAUUUUCAUUGCUUCCGGAAGGCCAUCCAUGAAGUUUUUGAGGUGAGAAUGAAAGUGGUGAAAUCUCGAAAGGUUCAGAAUCGGCUCCAGAAGAAAAAAGGAGCCACCCCUAAUGGGACCCCUAGAGUGCUGCUGUAGGUGAAGUUACAGUAAUAUCUUUUGAAAUCAGACCUUUUUGAUGAGGCACCAUGUUGCACUAAAGGAAGAGGAAGAAGGAGAUUGAGACACAUGACAUGGAUUUGUUGUAAAAAAAAAAAAAAAUAAUAAUAAUAAUUCCUGCAACCCUCUUGAUCUUCUCUUUUUUAAAUAAAGUAAGCACUUUGAAGCAAAAACUUGUAUAUUAACAAUGAAGUGAAAUCCACUGUACUUUCAUUACACUAAUGUAAACUUUUAUGGUCUGUAGUCAGAAAAAUCCCAUGUGAGAACUGCCAGGAACUGUACAUAUUUUGCACUUUUUCAUGUUUUUUUCUCAUUGAACUGAACUUUGAUAAAACAACUUUUCUAAGCUUUUUUCUGUACUUGGUGUCAAUGUCAUGCAUACUGUAAUCCAUAUCCAUAUGGCAAUCAAAUUAAUCAAAUAGCGAUGCAUUGGUAAUGACUUUUUGUAAAUUUGAGAAUAUUUGCUACCAAUUGUUGAGAAAAAUCAUUUUUCAGUGGAGCUGGAACAGAUUGGGGCUGCAAACUCCAGGAGCAAUAAGAUCCCCAGUGUAUAACAGGUGUAAACAGGCAUUUUGUAGAAUAAUGUUAGUACUACACUUAACUAAAAAUUGCUAUAGCUGUGGCUGUGCUUCCCUGCUCAACAGUUUUUAUGAAGCUCUUUACCUCAACACACAUCUCUAUAAUCACUUCAUACAGAGAGGUUAUUUCUUUUUGCUUCAUUACUAUUCUUUAGAAUCUUUGGGACCAAAUUUCCAAAAUGGUGCCAAUCAUUGGAGAGAAACGAGAAUGUCACUGAAUUGCAGGGUUUCUAGAGGCUUUUCUAUACCUGCCACUCAGGGCUAAAAUAACAUAAGAAGCCAAGAGGUUUCCCAAAUGUAAGUGAUUGGCAACUGUAGACUAAAUACAUACACACACGCACGCAGUUCUGUGUAUUUGACCCCUGUGAGAUGGCCUGUUCUUGUGCUACAUUUAAACUGUUUAUGUAGGACCAGUUUUUUAUUGCUUCAUGACCACAGUGAAUGGAGCUGAUCUCAGAUCUCCGCCAUGGAGCUUAAUCCUUUCAGUCAUAUUUGUCACCUUUGAGUCUCCUUUUCCUCUGUGAAAAUGAGCCUUGUGUACUCCACCAGUUCCUACGUUAUGAGGGAGCUAGGGCUCAACUUGCCACCAGUGUGCUCUGUGAGGCUGAAGAGCCAUCCUGAAAACCCCUAAUGGUCAGUGGGAAAAGGAUGGCUAGAGGAGGCAUUAAGUUAGCUGUGUGUAUAAUUGUUUCUAUGAAGUUCUUUCACUUACGUGUACUUUAGACUAACAGGAAAUGAGUCCUAAAUCUACCCCUACACCAAAACCUUUCCAAGUAGAUAAUUCUAUGUCUAUCCCAAACGUUAGCAGAUUAAGGCAUGUUUGUGGGACAUUAGAAAAUAACGUUUUAUAAAAAAUCAGAGCCUCCUAGGGACAUCAAAGCUGGUUCUAGCAAAAUAUAUAAAAUCCCUAAAACACUUGUCCUUGAAGCUAUCUCAUUUCUAUCUGUGGCAUCUUUCUGUCAUCUCUCUUCUCUCUCCCCAAGUCCUAUUCCUUUGAAGUUGGUAAGAUAAAUUUAAGAUGGUAGUAGCUGAUUGGAGUUUAAGGUUUGAGACUCCCAAGGGUCUGUGCAUUUUGGAAGAAGAUUUCUAAAAAUCAUUAAGGUGCCCUAACUCCCUUCAUCCUGAUUCCUACUCAAUCCUGAUGGGUAGGAAACCAGGGUUCCAGGGAAUCUUUUCCCUAAUUUCUGGAGCUAAACCCUGUUGGACCUUUCCCAACAGGACUGGCACAUAUGCGUUAUUCUUAUAAAUCUAUUCUCUAAUAUUUUUUACAGAAUGUUUCCCUUUGAAUAAGCAAAUAAAGAGAAUCAGUUUUCUAAUGAAACUUUAUCCUCAAGGUAGAGACAUUUACCUAUCUGGUAAAUCACACAUUACAUAGGUAUAUAUUAUUAUAACCAGGUGGAGCUUCCAUUUUUAAGAUGGGUAUAUGAUGGGUUUUUGUUAAAAUGUGCCUUAAAAAGCCUAUUACUUCAAGAGCAAAUGAUUCUUUGGGGGAAAGGCAAAAAAUAAUCCUAUGACAUAGGACCCAAGUUCAUGGUAAUAAGUGUACACUUUGAUUAAUCACAUGCUAAUAUAGAUUACUGCCUCAAACUUUGUGUGUGUGGCAAUGACCUCUUAAUUAAGAAAAGAUGCAGGAGUUAUGUCUAAGCGUUCAGUUUUUCAAGUUUGUGCUAUUGGAAUUGUAACAUCUCUUCAAGUCCUUUUGCAUUUUAUUUUUGAUAUGUAAGUUAGCUUACUGCAAUGUGUAUGGCCACAUUUAUGCUAUCAAUACAGAGCCCAAAUUCAUGGCUACAGUGAGUGCACUGGAACAUUUUUGGUCAGUUUUAAGGGUUGAGAACUUGAUCUGCAGGUUUCUAGAGUAGGGCAGUAUUUUGCCUUUUGAGUCAAUUAGAACUUCUGUGUAGAAGUGAGACUCUGAAUUAUCUUCAGUGAUGUAGAUUAGUGUAAAUGACUAGGUGGAGUGUGUUUAAAGGAAUGUAAAUUUUAAAAACUCACAGUGUUAUUUUGUGAAAAUAAUAUAUUUUGGACCCUUAAAUAUAAAAUGACUAAAAUCAAAGCAAUAUGAGUUUUGUUAUAUAUGGGUUAUAUACCAACUCUGUUUGAAACAUAUUCCAGAAGAACAGCUGAACUGUCUUGAUUAUUAAAGUACGGUGUACAUUUGACUUGAA